AUGAGCUUCGUUGCUCCUGCAUUGCCUCUGAAAGCGGUUGCGCCUGCCCGCAUCGUCUCGGCUUCUCGACGGUGCCAGCGACGGUGUCUAUCAUCCAAGGCGCAGGCAAAUAGACCCUCUGUAGCAACCUGGAGACAUCAACACAAUGCUUCUCACCCAAGAUUCUUCCACGCAACAUCCCCCUGCCCGGCCAUGGCGGACCCAUAUGCCACCUUGGGUGUGAGCAAGAACGCGACUGCGGCAGAGAUCAAAAAGGCGUACUACGGCCUUGCGAAGAAGUACCACCCGGACACGAACAAAGACCCCGGCGCCAAAGACAAGUUCGCCGCCGCGCAAUCCGCAUAUGAGCUGCUUUCCGAUGCCGACAAGAGGAAGGCCUAUGACACCUAUGGCGGAGCAGCGUUUGACGCCAAUGGUGGCUUCAAUCCCAGUGCGGGUGCAGGGCCUGGCCCUGGCCCUGGCAUGGGCGGGCAUCCUUUUGGUGGCUUCGGCGGAUUCGGAGGUUUUGGAGGCGCCCAAGGUGGAUUUGGAGGUGGCUUUGCGCACGAUAUCAACCUGGAGGACCUGUUCAAUGCGUUUGGUGGAGGCGCAAGGAGAGGAAGAGGCAGGAGAAGCCCGUUUGAGGAGGAGGUCCUUGUCGGGGAGGAUAUUGAGGUGCAGACGAACAUCUCCUUCAUGGAUGCCGCCAAGGGCGUCAGCAAAGACAUAUACAUCACGCCCAUGGUGGAAUGCAAGACGUGCAGUGGUAGUGGUCUAAAGAAGGGGGCAAAACGAUCCGAGUGCAAGAGCUGUGGGGGAACCGGUACAAGAGUGACAUCAAUGGGCGGCUUCCACAUGUCUGCAACAUGCUCGUCGUGUGGUGGAUCUGGCAUGUCAAUACCCCGUGGGUCCUCUUGCGACACGUGCAAGGGUGACGGUGCAGUGAAGGAAAGGAAAACCGUCACUAUCGAUAUUCCAGGAGGAGUGGAGGAUGGCAUGCGGCUACGAGUUUCGGGCGAAGGUGAUGCGCCCCUAACAGGCCGGGCAAUAGGCGCCAACGUGAAGGGAGCGAAGGGAGAUCUUUUCGUCCUCAUCCGCGUUGCAUCGGAUCCGAAGUUCAAGAGAGCUGGAAGCGACAUCCUUCACACGGCCACGAUACCGCUGACCACGGCCGUUUUGGGCGGCGAGAUAAAGGUACCUACGCUCGAUGGGGAUGUCAUGGUCAAGGUGCCCAGCGGUUCGGGAACUGGUGACAAAGUCACCCUGUCUGGUAUGGGCAUGAAAGUGCUGAGCGGCAGGAGAAACGCAAAGGGCGAUCUGAAAGUCGAGUUCAAGGUGCAGAUGCCGAAGUAUCUGACCGCCAACCAGCGCACGAUCCUAGAGAUGCUCGCCGAUGAGAUGAACGACAAGUCUGCAAGGCGGAUCAUGAACCUGGACAAGCUGAAAGCGGAAGACUCGAAGCCAACAGAUGAGCACAAGAACGAGGGCUUCUUCCGUGCAGCUUGGCAUAACCUGACUGGAAAACACAACGGGUUGAAUAGGAAGGCCGACGAGGACAAGGAUUCCGAGGAGACGAAGAAGGAUGGCGAGUCCAAGAAAUAG